GUUCAUGGGAAAAUGAUUUUAGACGAAAGAAUAUGGUCAUCUGAAAAGAAUUUUUCAAUCAAGAACUGAAAAAUGGUUUCUCAUGAAAAACCGAUUAUUAAUAAGAUUAUCAUUAUUGUUAUUGGUGUAUAAAAUCCCGGUGUUAGGUUCAACAGAAUGUAAGGUACAAGUGGAGGAACCAGAUCGAUAUAUUAUAUGAAUUUUCAAAUGUUUAUAUUUGAAUAGCUUCCAGCCAAUUUUGAUAACGAUUUUCUCGGGUCAUUAAACUAAUUACAACGAGCAUUUUAUAGGCUUCUGUUUCAGCCUUUCAUACUUUUGCUAGGCUUUCGUGUUAAAAGGGCUUCAUAUCGAUUUUACAUUUAUUAUUUGACAAAAAAAUUACCAUAGUAUAUUUUUCAUUGUAGUUUAUUUUAAUUGGUGUUGAUAAAGUGAUUAAUCGCGUACUUCUGCGGAAUGUACUGUUUCAACUGCAAUAAAAAAUCAGAUCUGACGGAAGGAACUGGAAUUUUUUUCAGAUUAAAGGUAAAUUUGGAAUUUUUUCCUUAAUAUAGGAAAAUUCAUAUUUUCGUAGUGGAAAAAAUGGCAAAAAUAUUUCAAAUAUAUUGAAUACAUACAUGAGCAUAUAUAUAAUUCCGUGCAACGAACUUGGCGGUGGUCGAGGCGGCGGCGCACACAAUAGGCUCUCACAAUCAGCUGGUCGGCGCCAUGGACCCAGACGAGCCAGACUCACCUCUGAGACACCACAAGUUCGAGGACCCAGAGGUGACCGGAGUAUCUCGAAGUCGGAGCGGGAGGGCGAGAAAAAAAUCAUCGAAACUCGUUGACUUUGAAUCGCCAGCUGAUAAUCCUGAUAAAGUGUCAAAAAAAUUAUCUCAGCGAUUGCCCUUUCAACAUCACUACGAGGUGACAAUGGGUGGUAAUGGAGAGAGUGGGAGUAGGAAUUCAGGAUCACUGGGUUCACGCCAGAAGAUUAAGCAAGAACUAUCGGAGACUGAGACAUCAGAAACUGAGUUUGAGGACGUUGCUAAUACCAAUGAUGAGGAUAGCUUGUCGAUGGACUCACCCUCCGAGGAGGAGGUGGAUCCUCUGCUAAUUGAUGAGAAGGAGAUGGGCUUCAUGAAGCUUGAGGUGCAAGACGAUGGAGCACCAUCCCAAGCUAGUAGCCUCUAUAUGAUGGAGAAGAACAGGAAGAAAAUAUGCAUCAAGGAUGGCAAAAUCAUUGGACGGAGCAAGGCGCCGAGGAAGGAUAAAGGA